CCGUACCCGGCCAAAAUUUUAAAUUACCCUUUGACCCAGCAAUUUCACCUCUAGGAUUCCCUCUCUCCCCUUUUCCCAAAAUACCUGUAGAAGUAUGGCUAUGUCCAAGGGUAUUUAUUACAUCAUUUGCUAAAACCCAAAUGCCUGUCUACAGAAAGGGUAUACUGUAGAACAGUUAUUGAAAAUAAUAAGUCAUUUGAAAAAAUAUGCUAUUUCUAUGUAAAAAAUCACUCCAAAACUUAGUAGUUUUAAACAACACACAUUUAUCAUCUCACAGUUUCUAUAGGUCGGGAAUUCAGAAACAACUGAGUUGUUUGAGCUCAGGUUUUCUCAUGACACCACAGUUAUUUCCAUGGUUAUCAGACCUCAAUUACUCAACCACAUUGGGACUCUCCAUAGGCAGAAUGUCCCUACAAUGUGGCAUUCGGCUUCCCCAGACUUAAUGAUACAAGAAAAAGGACAUACAAGAUGGAAGCAUCAGUGUUUUAUAAACUAAAGUCAGGAGUGACCUCCGUCACUUCUGCCAGGUUCUGUUAGCUACACAGACCAACCCUGGUACAGCGUGGGAGGAGUUAACAUAAGGGUGUGAAUGUGGGGAAGCAGGUAUCACUGGGGACUAUCUAGAAGGCUAAUUCCCAUAAUACGCUUUUUAAAGUAGGAAAUUAUAGACAAAUAUAUAUGAUAUCCUGGUUUUGUUAUUUUUUUAAAGGGGGAGUUUGUGUGUGUAUAAACAUACAUACAAAAAGGCUGAAAGGUUCCACACUGAACACAGCAAGCUCUAUGUUGUAGGGUUGGGGAUGGUGAACACUGAAGAGAGCGUGUUUACUUAUUUAUAAAUUUGUUUUUCUCUUAUGUACCACCAUGAGCAUGUGUUACUUUUACAAUUAAAAAUAAUGAAAUAAGCUUUCAAAGAGACUGUAUUUCCUUCUCCAGGAAGCCUUCUCUGCUACUGCUAUCAAGCUGAUGUACUUGCCCUCCUGGCGCUCCCAUUUUCUGCCACACAAUCCCACUGUUGCUAAGGACGAAGGCGAUGUGUUCAUCUUUGAGUCCUCUGUGGCUAACAGAGUACCUAGGCACAAAAUACUUGUAGUAUAUGUUUGUUGAAUGAAUGGAUAAACUAAAGGAUUUAUUUAAUGCCAUUAAUAUUUAUUGAGUAGCUCCAAAGAUGAUGUGCUUGAGUCUAGAUCCUUGGUACCCUGAUACCAAUAGGUCAAAUAGCUAUUUGACCUUUAGAUCUACAUUUUUGUUCAUUUAACCUUGCUAAACAUGGUAUUCUUAGUUUUUCACAAUUUUUAAAACGAGCUCAUCUAGUAUCUGGUUUUGUGGGAGAUGGGGGUUAAGGGUUUUUUCUUUCCAAAAGAAUUAUAUGCAACAAAGUGGAGAAAAUGUGCGAUUUUAUGCCACUGUAGGUUUCAAAUAUUAAGCUAAAUUGUCUUGCCUAAAUGAGAAGAGUAAGAUAGCUGAAUCAGCCCCAAAUCUUUUACCUAAUGUUAGUAUCACAAAUGGAUGCAAUUAUAAUUGCGGGCAGAAAUGAAUCAUUCCAAAGGUAGGUCUGUGCAGCCACUUCUUUAUAUUAAUAAUAUGCACUUGGGAUGGCUUAAAUCAGCCACACUUUCAUUGGAAUAGUCUCUAGAAGCAGAAAUCUGUUAUUUGCCGAUGUCUAUAAGUUAAUUUUCAGAGUUUUUAAUCAAUAUAUUUUGAAUAUACAGUUAUACCACACACAUACACAUAAUGUGAACUGGUGCUUCAGACUUCAUUAUUUCCUAAAUAACAUUAACUCUAGAAAAAGAGUCACUUAAACAGCCAAUAGUAUGUAACCACAAGUUUUAGCAACAAAAACCAAGAGCUCCCCAGAGAACCGGAAGCACGUGUUUCAGUAUAAUGCUUUCCAGCUAUUCCUGGAAAGUUGGCACCCUGGGCCAUUCACAAACACUUUUUUGAGUGCCCACCUGUGGGGGGCAGGGAGGUGGCCCUCCUAGGCGCCGGGCACCUGAGCUGAGGGACUGGUUGACACCGAGCUCUCUAGAGCUCACCAAAGUGAGCAUCCAAAGCCCAAAAUGCUGGCCCAAAUGAAGGGCUGCCGUGAUGCUGCUGAUUCCUGCUGUAAUUUUUUUUUCUUCCCCUGUUGCAGUAAAUCACGACUUCAACACCUUGGCUGAAGUGUGUCGCAUUCAGCACAGAGAUGGAAGUAAGAGGCAGAAAACAGAAGAACCGAGAGAGAAAUGGAUCCUGUCUAUUAAGGCAACGUGAUGCAGCGUUAAAAGGUUAGGAGGUUGCGAUCCCCGGGGCUAAGAGAAAUAAACUGCUGGCGGUGAACGAAAGGGGUGCUGGAGCGCAGCGAUCUCGAACCUUUCCCUUACAGCCAAACCCUGGCCAAUGCCACAAAUUUCAAAUCGCCUUAAAACUAAACUGUCUGGCGCUUAACGGUUCCAUCGGCUGGGCGAAACCCUUGGCUGCUGCUGAUUUAACUACAGGUCCGCACGAGUUACUUUCCAGGGAACUGAAUUCAGAAGAAAGAGUCACCGAAGCCUUACUCCCAUCCCAAAAUUAGAAUUCCCUUUUUCUUAGUCAUAUAGGAAAAACACAGUUCACAAGUCCUGCUGUGCAAAGGUGUGAACCCUGGCCCAGGGAGGUGGUGACUCCCUCACCCUCUGCCUCCGGGUUAUCCUGCUUCCGAAAGCAACCCACGACGGUCCCGCAGGGUGAGGGUUCCCUGGAAUCAGUUCCCUGGGAUCCGGAGAAUGCUACGCGGAGUCUCCCUACAGGGUGAGGGGCCCCGGGUUCCCGCCCCCUCCCCUUCUACUCCCCCAUUCUGCGAGCGCAGCCAGCCUUCUCCCACGCUUCGGGAAGCGUCGCCCCCGAGCUUCUCGGUUCCUGGUCGUGGCUACUUGCGGUUGUGACUUCGUUUGUGCGCGUUUGCUUAUUUACAUCUUUGCCUCAAUUCUAAUGUGUGUCCCCGCCACCAGGCUCCGCUGCUGUACGAGACCACUGAACCCCCUGAAAGCUUCCCCGGAGCCGCGCGCAUAAUCCCGGGACCCUCUCUGGAAGGCGAGCCGAUAGCGGUGCGCGUGGCCUGGCACCGGAAGGAGCCAGCUUCCGGGCUCCGAGGCACCCCCGGACAGCGCCCCGGGCCGCUGGUUCCUCCUCUGAUACCAGGGCGUGGGCGCCGGGAUCGGGAGCUUCGGGAGCCCGCCGGCACCGACGGUUUUCGCUUCCCUGGCGGGCAGCUGGACGAGGUCCCGCCGCUGCACCGGGAGGGACCGUGGGUAGAAAAAGCCGCUGCAGCGCCGGGGCGAUGGGGCUGGGGGCACCGUCACUUGUUGCGACCAAUAAACGGCGCUCGAUCCUGAUGCGCUGUUUCUAAAAUCUUUAGCUGUGUCCGGAUCCCUCCAACCCAAGCCCCUCGGCUGGAAGGGGCAAGCGAGAGCCCCUGGCGCUAUGGGAGGAGAGGGGCGCCGCGCCCCAAGAGCCCCCGUCCCGCUCUGCGGCAGCCGCCCCGGGGCGCCCAGCCGCCCGCUUCCCUCAGCAGAGCGUCUUCCCUGACGGUGAAACCGCGCGGGACACAACCCACCGCGGCUCAUCACCCACUUACAAAUAGCUGUCGCUAGGAUUCCCGCCACUCCUCUCAGACCGGCCCCCCCCGCCACCUCUGCCACUUUUCGGAGUCCCCCGCCCUCGUCACUGCCUCCCCGGAGCUGCGGGGCAGUCGGACGCAGAGCUGCCCAACCGCGAGAACGCCCGGCCAGAGCUGCCCUCUGCAGCCGAGCCGGCGCCCCCUGCCCUUCACUGUCGCGCUGGGCGGGCGCCCCCGCCGCCCUCACUCCGCUCCUCCCGGCUCCUCGCGCGCAGGUCGCGGAGCUCCGCCACCGCUGGGUGCAGCGAGGCCGGCGCGAUGCGGCAGCUGUGCCGGGGACGAGUGCUGGGCAUCUCGGUGGCCAUCGCGCACGGGGUCUUCUCGGGCUCCCUCAACAUCUUGCUCAAGUUCCUCAUCAGCCGCUACCAGUUCUCCUUCCUGACCCUGGUGCAGUGCCUGACCAGCUCCACGGCGGCGCUGAGCCUGGAGCUGCUGCGGCGCCUCGGGCUCAUCGCCGUGCCCCCUUUCGGUCUGAGCCUGGCGCGCUCCUUCGCAGGGGUCGCGGUGCUCUCCACGUUGCAGUCCAGCCUCACGCUCUGGUCCCUGCGCGGCCUCAGCCUGCCCAUGUACGUGGUCUUCAAGCGCUGCCUGCCCCUGGUCACCAUGCUCAUCGGCGUCCUGGUGCUCAAGAACGGCGCGCCCUCGCCGGGGGUGCUGGCGGCCGUGCUCAUCACCACCUGCGGCGCCGCCCUGGCAGGAGCCGGCGACCUGACGGGCGACCCCAUCGGGUACGUUACGGGAGUGCUGGCGGUGCUGGUGCACGCCGCCUACCUGGUGCUCAUCCAGAAGGCCAGCGCUGACACAGAGCACGGGCCCCUCACCGCGCAGUACGUCAUCGCCGUCUCCGCCACUCCGCUGCUGGUCAUCUGCUCCUUUGCCAGCACCGACUCCAUCCACGCCUGGACCUUCCCUGGCUGGAAGGACCCAGCUAUGGUCUGCAUCUUCGUGGCCUGCAUCCUGAUCGGCUGCGCCAUGAACUUCACCACACUGCACUGCACCUACAUCAACUCGGCCGUGACCACCAGCUUCGUGGGCGUGGUAAAGAGCAUCGCCACCAUCACGGUGGGCAUGGUAGCCUUCAGCGACGUGGAACCCACCUCUCUGUUCAUUGCCGGCGUGGUGGUGAACACCCUGGGCUCCAUCAUUUACUGUGUGGCCAAGUUCAUGGAGACCAGAAAGCAAAGCAAGUACGAGGACCUGGAGGCCCAACCCAGGGGAGAGGAGGCGCAGCUAAGUGGAGACCAGCUACCAUUCGUGAUGGAGGAGCUGCCUGGGGAGGGAGGAAAUGGCCCGUCAGAAGGUGGGGAGGCAGCAGAUGGCCCCAAUCAGCAGAGCAAGCAAGAGGUCAGGGGCAGCCCCCGAGGAGUCCCGCUGGUGGCUGGGAGCUCUGAAGAAGGGAGCAGGAGGUCGUUAAAAGAUGCUUACCUCGAGGUGUGGAGGUUGGUUAGGGGAACCAGGUAUAUGAAGAAGGAUUAUUUGAUAGAAAAUGAGGAGUUACCCAGUCCUUGAGAAGGAGAUGCACGUAUGUACCUAUGUACAUACACUUAUUUUAUAUGUUAGAAAUGACAUGUUUUAAUGAGAGGCCUCCCCAUUUUAUUCUUUGAGGAGUGGGAAAGGGAAGAAAAGAAAGAAGCUGAAAGGUACUGACACAGAGCAACAAAAUUAGCACCUGUGUGAAUUAUUUAGUGUGACUUCACCUGAGGCAUCACAGAGACAAAAGAAUGUGAAGGUACUUAACAAAGUAAGGCAAUGGUUUCUGCUUCAGACUCCUGGCACAUUUAAUUUUUGUCAUUAUAACCAUAACUAAAUAUCUGCAUGUACCAAGAGUCCCCAAGCCACCCCCUCCAAAGAUGGAGUGUAGAAAUGAUGAGAGCACUUAAUAAGUUCAAAGAUGACAUUCAGGGAUGCAUUUUUGAUGAUAGAACUACAGUUUUUAUCGCCAGCUGGGCAAAGAGUAUAUUGCUGAAAUGAUAUAUAAAUAUACUGAAUUGAUGUUUACUGAUUAUAGUCAUCUGAAACACCAUAUUUACUCUGAUUCUACUCACUUGUUUUUUAAAAAUAGGUGUCCUAUUAUUGUAUUAUAUAUUGAUAGAAACUGUUAAAGCUAUUUUGAAAAUAUGAGUUCUUAGCUUUAAUCAUGAAGUCUAAAGUUUGCUUUUAGUAAUUAUUUUAAAAGUUGUUCCAUUCAUUGCUUUAUAAUAUUUAUUAUUGAAUGCCAAACCUGUUUUUGUUGUUGUUGUUGUUGUUGUUGUUUUUUACUGUGUCCAAUAUUCUUUCAAGCAAAAGCAAUGGCUGGAAUAUAAUUCAGAAUUAACUGAAACCCAGCCAGAAGAGGGACCACCUGUAAAGCAAGUCCUUUCAAGUUGUGCUGCACAUCCCAAACCAUGUUACAAAAAGAGCAACUGCUAUAUUCACAUUAUGAUAUUUUUCUAUCUUAAAUUUGUCAAAAUAAAGUAUGAGUCUAAUAUUAAAA